UCGACGCAGACGUCGUUGGCUUUGGUAGUUUAUUUAUUCAACCGCGUUGUUGGUGUGGACAUUAUUUUACGAAGCGUUCGCAGCCGCACAACACGAACACGGAGAGCACAGAAAAAACACCAAACAGAAAAUUCAAAGAGAGAGAGCUCUACGAUCCGAUACGAUCCGAUCCGAUACAAAAUCAAAUUCAAAUCCCACUCCCGAUCCGAUCCGAUCCGAUCGCCAUAUACACGGCGGCUCGCACCGCCAGCUAUCUAGUAGAUAAAAAGUCGCCGAGAACGCAGAACGCAUAUAGCGAAACGCCAAAAUACUCGCGUUGUCGUAAUCCCCCAUACGAGAUCGACUCUAUUUUCCAGAGCAAGCAACACACCAGUGCUACACCAUAGAGUACUAUGGCUAUAUAACCAUAACUAUACAUCUAACUAAGGAAAACAAGUCUCGAAACUGAAAACGAAAAGCGCAAAUUUAUGCAGCCGCUAAGUAAAAACAAAACACAAAAAACACAAGAAACCAAACAACAAAACAACUAAACAACUAAAACAGCGAAUCAAAUAGUAUAAAAAAUAAAUGAGGUAUACAAACAGCCAAAUAGAAUAAAUCCAAUAAAUCGGCGCGCGAAACUCGCGUGUGUGUUAUCUAAUCUGCAAGAGAAGUACAAGAAUCGGGUAUAGAAUCGGUUCUAUACUAUAUCUAUACACCUGAUAUAUCUAUAUCCAUUGUGUGUGCCAGUGUGUGCGUGGCGACCUUUGUUUUUAUAUAUAUAUUUUUUUUUGUUGUUCAUACUGUGUGAAACGUGCUUUUUACAAGCCGGUCGUUUAAAAGUACAUACUACAAAUCAAAGCAUCUACCACAAACAUCUUAAUACAAAACACACCAUAAAUAUGGCCAACAAGCUGAGGAAAUCGACCGGCAUCGAAUGGGCCACGGCCACCGGCACAGUACCGCUCCUGGAAAGGAGCUGCUGCCACAGCGAGGACGCGGACGCGGACGAGGAAAUGGAGCCCCAAGCGAGCAGAACCAGCCACAGAGUACCCACAGCCAGGGAACAGCCCCCCAUCCUGCGCCGCCUGAGCCAACUGAGCCAACUGAGACGACUGAGCCACCUGAGCCACCUGCUCAUCAUCGCCGGACUGCUGAUCGUCUGCUUCGCGGGCGUGACGGAGGGCCGCCGGCAUGCGCCGCUCAUGUUCGAGGAGUCCGACACGGGCAGGCGGUCCAACCGACCAGCGGUCACCGAAUGCCAGUUUGGCAAAGUUUUGCGCGAAUUAGGGUCCACCUGGUAUGCGGAUUUGGGUCCACCCUUCGGAGUUAUGUACUGCAUCAAGUGUGAAUGCGUAGCGAUACCCAAGAAGCGGCGCAUCGUUGCACGCGUCCAGUGUCGCAAUAUCAAAAACGAGUGUCCGCCGGCCAAAUGCGAUGAUCCCAUCUCGCUGCCCGGAAAAUGCUGCAAGACCUGUCCCGGCGAUCGGAACGAUACGGAUGUGGCCUUGGAUGUGCCAGUGCCCAAUGAAGAGGAAGAGCGCAACAUGAAACAUUACGCUGCGUUGCUGACGGGCCGCACCUCCUAUUUCCUCAAGGGCGAGGAAAUGAAGUCCAUGUACACCACCUACAAUCCCCAGAACGUGGUGGCCACCGCCCGUUUCCUGUUCCACAAGAAGAACCUCUACUACUCCUUCUACACCUCGUCGCGAAUCGGUCGUCCGCGUGCCAUUCAAUUCGUCGAUGAUGCGGGUGUCAUACUGGAGGAGCAUCAACUGGAGACCACCUUGGCGGGCACCCUGAGUGUCUAUCAGAAUGCCACGGGCAAGAUCUGCGGUGUAUGGCGACGAGUUCCACGGGACUACAAGCGCAUCCUGCGCGACGAUCGGCUCCAUGUGGUCCUCCUUUGGGGCAACAAGCAGCAGGCCGAGUUGGCUCUGGCCGGAAAGGUGGCCAAAUAUACGGCCCUGCAAACGGAGUUGUUCAGUUCGCUGCUGGAGGCACCACUUCCCGAUGGCAAAACGGAUCCCCAGCUGGCCGGAGCCGGUGGCACAGCCAUCGUGUCCACCAGCAGCGGUGCCGCCUCAUCGAUGCAUCUCACCCUGGUCUUCAAUGGCGUCUUUGGCGCUGAGGAGUAUGCCGAUGCCGCUCUGAGUGUGAAAAUUGAGCUGGCGGAACGCAAGGAGGUGAUCUUCGAUGAGAUUCCCCGUGUGCGCAAGCCCUCCGCCGAGAUUAAUGUCCUGGAGCUGUCGUCGCCCAUUUCCAUACAGAAUCUCCGCCUGAUGUCGCGUGGCAAACUCCUGCUGACCGUGGAGUCCAAGAAGUACCCACAUCUGCGCAUCCAGGGACACAUCGUGACCCGUGCCAGCUGCGAGAUCUUCCAGACCCUGCUGGCGCCGCACAGUGCCGAAUCCUCGACCAAGAGCAGCGGUUUGGCGUGGGUAUACCUGAACACCGAUGGAUCCCUGGCCUACAACAUUGAGACGGAGCACGUGAACACCCGGGACAGACCCAACAUCAGUCUGAUUGAGGAGCAGGGCAAGCGGAAGGCCAAGCUGGAGGAUCUGACGCCGAGCUUCAACUUUAACCAGGCCAUUGGUAGUGUGGAGAAGCUGGGUCCCAAGGUCCUCGAGUCGCUGUAUGCCGGCGAACUGGGCGUGAAUGUGGCCACCGAGCAUGAGACGAGCCUGAUCCGUGGUCGUCUGGUGCCCCGACCAGUGGCCGAUGCUCGGGAUUCGGCGGAACCCAUUCUGCUGAAGCGACAGGAGCACCCCGAUGCACAGAAUCCACAUGCCGUGGGCAUGGCCUGGAUGUCCAUUGACAACGAGUGCAAUCUGCACUACGAGGUGACGCUCAACGGUGUGCCCGCCCAGGAUCUGCAGCUGUAUCUGGAGGAGAAGCCCAUCGAGGCGAUCGGAGCGCCGGUGACGAGAAAGCUGCUCGAGGAGUUCAACGGCUCCUAUCUGGAGGGCUUCUUCCUCAGCAUGCCAUCCGCCGAACUGAUCAAGCUGGAGAUGAGCGUCUGCUAUCUGGAGGUCCACUCCAAGCACUCGAAGCAACUCCUGCUGCGUGGCAAACUGAAGAGCACCAAGGUGCCGGGUCACUGCUUCCCCGUCUACACGGACAACAAUGUUCCAGUGCCCGGUGACCACAAUGAUAACCAUUUGGUGAAUGGAGAGACCAAGUGCUUCCACUCCGGACGCUUCUACAACGAAUCGGAGCAGUGGCGCAGUGCCCAGGAUUCCUGUCAGAUGUGCGCCUGCUUGCGUGGCCAAUCCAGUUGCGAGGUGAUCAAGUGUCCGGCUCUCAAGUGCAAGUCCACGGAGCAGCUGCUGCAGCGGGAGGGCGAAUGCUGUCCCAUCUGUGUGUCCAAAAAGGAGGCCGCCGACUAUUCAUCCCAAUCCUCGCCAGCCACCAAUGCCACCGACUUGCUGCAACAGCGACGCGGCUGCCGCCUGGGCGAGCAGUUCCAUCUCGCCGGUGCCAGUUGGCAUCCAUUCCUGCCGCCCAACGGCUUCGAUACCUGCACCACCUGCAGCUGCGAUCCCCUGACCCUCGAGAUCCGCUGUCCCCGCCUGGUCUGUCCGCCGCUGCAGUGCAGCGAGAAGUUGGCCUACCGCCCCGACAAGAAGGCCUGCUGCAAGAUCUGUCCGGAGGGCAAGCAGAGCAGUUCCAAUGGACACAAGGCGGCGCCGAACAAUCCCAAUGUGCUCCAGGAUCAGGCCAUGCAGCGCUCUCCGAGCCACAGUGCCGAGGAGGUCCUGGCCAACGGCGGCUGCAAGGUGGUCAACAAGGUGUACGAGAACGGCCAGGAGUGGCAUCCCAUCCUCAUGUCCCACGGCGAGCAGAAGUGCAUCAAGUGCCGCUGCAAGGACUCCAAGGUGAACUGCGAUCGCAAACGCUGCUCCCGCUCCACGUGCCAGCAGCAGACCCGCGUGACCAGCAAGCGGCGUCUGUUCGAGAAGCCGGACGCAGCGGCUCCGGCCAUCGACGAGUGCUGCUCCACCCAGUGCCGGCGGUCGAGGCGCCACCACAAGAGGCAGCCGCACCACCAGCAGCGAUCCUCCAGCUGAGCGGCUCCACGUGGCGGAUGGGAUCCCAAUCCAGUAUCAGAUCCUUGGCGGCAGGGGGGCGAGCCACUCACUCACCACCACUCAGUGCGAUGUGCACCACCCAACCACACACACACACACACCACACACUCACACCCACAUCUACACACACACACAUAGCCCACACAAGCGAGCACAUACACACACUUGUGCAAGGAGUUGCAUAGAUCGUUGUUGUUUAUGUGGCAGCAAUGAGAACUUGUAUUAUAUAUUUGAAAACGGACGAGAAAACGUGGGAGAGAAAUCUCAAAAAAAAUAUAUAUAUUGUAUGGAGGAAAGCGGAGUAAUAGAGAGAGGGAAAGAGAGCUAAUGAGAUCCUUGCAAAAGGACAUUAAAACCAGUGCAGUUUGCUUUAAAUUCUCCAGCGCAGAAUUUUCUAUAGAAAGCAUUUUCUGAAUUUCUUUUCGCAUCCAUUAAAGUCCCCCUCCCAAACACCCAAAUAUCCAAAUACCCGAAAACACAAAAAAACAUUAAAAUAAAAUUUUAAUUUAUUACAAAACAAACAAAAAAAAUACCAUGAAAAACCACAACCAAAAACCAAAAGAAUUCGAAAUUGAAACUGUACUGAGUUUUGAAAACACACACACACACAUAUUUGACUUAUUGAAAUACUUAAACCUUUUCAAUUCAUUUAAAUUGAAAUUUAAAUUGAAAUUUGAAAGCGAAUCGAUGGCGCAGCAGUUGUCGUGGGAAUAUUAACUUAAAUCUAAUUAUUCUGAUUAUACAUAUAUACCAUAUUUUUUAUAUAUACAUAUAUAUACUUUAUAUAUAUAUAUAUACAUAUAUAUCUAUAAUUUAUGAGAAACAAAAGAACAGUGGGACGCAUUAUGUGGUUAAAUCGACAUUUGUAUCGAUGGAUAUGUUUUAGCAACCCCAAUGUUUUAACUGAUUGACUGAAUGGCAAAAAUAUAAUUAGCUUUAAAUAUGUUUUUCGCAAGCAAGAAAAUGAAGGAAAUUGAAAACGCAGCUUUUCAAUGUGAAAUUAUUUUGUACUAAUUGUUACUCACACCAACACAUACGCACACCAACACACACACACAUACAUUUAGACUCGACAUGCACAC